CAAGAUGGCGGUCACCGAUACAAACAAGCACCUGCAACACUGAAUAAUUUCGAUAGAUAUAACAAAUGCAGCUUAUUGUGAAUAUAUCCAUACAAGACACCUGCAUAAACCAUCCUUAAGAAGAACAUGGAUGGUGAUGAAGAUUCCAAAACUGAUUCACCCACAAAGGAAGAACUCAGGCAACGCAGAUUGGCCUACUUCAGAACGAAGUCUAUCUCCAAAGAGGAAUCAUCAGUGAAAAGUACAGAACAGGGCAUUCCACCUCCAACAGUCAACAAAACCAAUGGGAUUUCAAGCCUCUAUGAUAGAAAUACAGAAACUAAUGAGAAAAAAAAGGGCAUCCCAGAAAAAAACAGAUUACACGACAUCGAAGUAAAUGAAGGAACUAAGGAGAAUCUGAGAUCACAUGACAGAAAUACAACAAAUUGGUCACAUGAUCAACUAGAAACUAGUGAAGGGUUUGUUACACCAUCAGAGGAUAAAGAUUCAAAAUCAACUGAACUGUCCUUAUCAUUGGGACUUGACAGAGACGCUGGAGGCUGGGACGUGAACAAUUUUUCAGAAAGAGAGUUUCCUAAUGAUGAUUUUGAUGACCUAAAGGAACAACUGAAAAAUCAGACAAUAAAUUCAGGUAAUGAUGGUUACAAUGAGCUAGUUGAGCGUCUCAUACAAUGUGCCAAACGAGAUAUAAUUAACCGUGAGGAGAGUCAAAGGAGUGAUAGACCUGAGAGUUCUCUGGGUUCAGGACGAGUAAACAAUGAGAGCAGACAGAGGGAUUCAGGACUGCCUGUAGACACAGAAAAUAUCACCAGGAAUGACGGGUAUACACGUCUAAAGCAACGCAAUGUGACGAGGAAGACUGAUGAUGAUGUACAUGGAGAGAGUCCUAAUGAAGGUAGAGAAAGAGGUAGCUCCACCAAUAAUAGAAAGAUACUUGCUGGUCAUAAUCCUCAUUCCAUGAGAAAUUCACAAGAUCUUGAUGAGAUUAACGUGUUCCAAAAAUCACUAGACUUGGACCAUUUAGAAAGUAUAGGCCUUCAUACUCAUAGAGCAGACUCAGAACUCGAUGGUAAUACUGAAACACAGCAUCAAGAAACCGACCCCCUAGAAGAAAAGAUAAGAAAGAAAUCUCCUAGAGUUUUAGAUGAGAUUGCCUCCAAUGAGUUGAAAGGAGUGCUUGGCGAAAUGAAAUAUAAGGCAUUCCUUGAGAAGUCAAUUAAAGAAAUAGAUGAACUUCACCAAGGACAAAACUCAGAUCAAUCUAUAGACAAACAACAACGAAAAACAACACUAAAGAAACAAAACAACACAGCGAAACAAACUCAAAAGUAUAGGAAACCAUCAUCUGGUGAAAACGUUCAUGUUUCCCAAAAAUCUGAUCAGACUGCUGAUUGGAGACAGCAAACGGUCACUGAAAAGGACACAACUGAUCAAGACAGUUCAACACUAGUUAAUGGUAGUUUAACAGAAAUUACACAGACUGACCAUGAUGGUGGUCAGGAGUCAGCGCGCCCCUUGCUCAAUCGACCUAAAUAUGAUCCAAUUAGAAAUGUAUUUCAACAAAACGAGGAAGAAAAAGACAACAAUAGCACAACAUCUGGACCAAGAAAUUAUGAACAAGUCAAUGUACCACGCAAUGUAGUGUUUUCUGCUUCUCAGAUUUAUCAGCAAGCCUACAAGGGCGGGCAUAUACCAGGGUAUGAAGGAAUGCCUCCCUCCAUGUAUCCAUACCAUCCUGAAAUGGCAAUGAACCCUGCAGUGAUGCACAUGACAGGACAUCCAUAUGGAAAUAUGUAUGAUUCAAUGCAACACAACCCGUAUUACAACCAUAUGCCUUUCCAGGGUCCGCCAGCAUCUCCUGUUCAUGGGUCAUUCAUGUACCCAUACUAUCCUAUGCAGGGUCCCAUCCCAAGUUUACCUGGGGGACCACCAGGAAUGCCCCAUCCAUCAGAACAGGGAGGACCAGCUGUUGAUGCUUAUCUGCAACAACUAUCUGCUAGGAGUUACCAGUCAUACAAUGGAUCAGAUGCUCAUAUGUACAAUCAGUAUCCUACAAGUUAUACCCCUUUGUCAAAGGUUCCUCACCCUCCUGAUUCAAAAAUGUCCUCCAGUAAGAAACCCCCUCUGCCUAACAGUACAGGUCUGAAAUCUCCUUCAGUUCAGGGUAUGAAAAUGGGUCAGCUACCUACACAAAUGUUUUAUCCCCAAGAGCAGUAUCCUCCUACUUCCCAAGCCCUUCAUCCUCACCCCUUUUCCCAACCCCAACCAACCUCUGCUCCAGGAUCUCAGUCGACGAAUAUACCAGAACUACAUCCAAACUACAUACAGCAGCCGCCCAAGGGAAUACCGUACCCCCCGCCUCCAGAGAACGUGGAUCUCCAGGCAUACUUCCAGUUCCUUGAAUCACAGGGAUAUCCUGUGCCCUACCAGGUGGUCACUGCCAGCCAGAAACAUCCUGAUGUGGAGCAAGUCAAUGAAGGAGGUACUCCACAAGGUCCAUAUGAGAUGAUGGUUCCACGGCCUCCCUCCCAGAGUAAGAAAUCCACUGCCUCACCCCGCCUCAGCAGUCGCCAGGAGAAAUUACUUGAUAGAAAAAAACCUGACAGUGGAUGCCAGACACCACUUCGAGAUAGCAUGGAUGACAGGGCCUCCCAGUCAUCUCAGAGGCAUGUGGACGGCAUCAGACAGUACCAUGAGCAAAAAAGACAACAAAACGAAGAUGAAGAAGUGUUAGAACGACAGAGAACAUUCGCAAAGGCAUCUAUUGAUAGGUAUUUCAACUCACUUGAGAGUCUGUACCGGCGAGAAAAGGCCAGCAAUGAGGACAGAGAGGAAGAGACAGAGGAAGGGAAUGAUGAAAGGGAGGCAAUCUAUGAUGACAGGGAAACUAUGGUGAAUACAGAGGUAACUGUGGCAACAGUGAAGGCAGGGGGUAUCACUGACAGAAUGGAACGGCUUGGGUUAGACCUCUCCUUCCUUAGGGAUGGUAAAGAACAUGACGGUCAGAGAGAGGCAACAGUUAAUGAGGAAAACAAGGAAAACAAGGGAGACAACCCAAAGGACAAACGAGUGAUUGUGUGUCCAGAGUGUGGUGAGAUCAACAAACCUUACAUGACCUGGUGUGGAGACUGUGGAGACAUUCUGAUUGGUGUAGAACCUUUACUUCCAAUGAAGAAAAAGUUCUGUGAGAAAAAUCAAGCGAACAAAAUAGAAAAAAUAGGGGAAACUAAAACAGACAAAAAUGUUACAUUUAACGAGACAACAGACUGUCACCAUGGUGAAAUUAUAGAUACUAAUCAUGAGUCACCUGUUUAUGGAGGCUCCCCUAAGGGUAAGAUUUCACCUAACAAAUCGGAAAGUAGGGACAGUGGUCGGCCGUCCAGUGAAGACUUGGACUGUUGCCGGACCGAGAAAGAGGUUAUUGAUAUCUGUGAGUCUAUAGAUGAUCCAGUGGUUAAGGGUUUCAUUAAGUCCUACUUUAACAGGAAGAGACAGGCACUUGAGGAAACAAGAAAAAGUCUCGAAGGAGAGUUCCAGGAAGUUUUGGAAACUCCAAUGGUUGAAGAGGAAUGGAAGAACAAUCAUUCUCCAUCAGGAAACACUGAGAAUCUCGACGAUAUCUUUGAUGACCAGGAUUUUUUGAGGAAGGAGGAGAUUUGGCUCCAUGAACAGGUAUCAGUACAAGUGGAGGAUAAACCAUUGAGGGGCAAGAAGAGUGGACCACUAGAUAUUGAGGUGUUUAGUGUGACCGAAUCAAAGGAAAGCAGGAACUCCAGCCGUGUAGAAAGUGUGGUCCCCAUGCUGAACCUUGUCAACAGUAGUGAUGAAGAGGAUGAGGUAAGGGCAAAUAACUCCAAUCAAGAACCUAUGCGACCAUCAGUUGGCAUGUCUACUGAGAGCGAUGAUUGGCACCAGAUAUUUGAACAGCAAGUUAGGCCCACACCCAGCUUACCCCUUGUUCCUCUGCUGUUAGAUCUUUCUGAGACGGAGAACCAUGAGAAAGGUUUAUUGGAACAGAUAGUUGAACUAGACAUAUCUAGGAAACCUCCAGUAAGUGGUGAACCAAGUACAAGAAAAGGCUCUAAAAAUAGCAAAAAAUCUAAAGUCAGGAGCUCCAUUGAAGCACCUGGUUACCACAGACACUGGGAGAGGUCUAGCAUAGCGUGGGGGUCAUACAACCCUCGAGAACUGUCCACCAAUUCCAGUGUGAAAGGCCCACAGAACAUCAAGGCUCGGCCAUCCAGUGCCAGCCGGCGACUAGUCAGUAAAUCGGUCAGUGUUGACAGCAUGUCUCAGCCAUUUGAUGAAACACCUACCAAUAGUGAGGUGGCAAAACAGAGCAAGAAACCACGACCUUCAAGUGCUGAUCUGUCAAAAAGGAAACAGAGACCAAGUAGUGCUCAGAACCCAAACAGGAAGACAACUGAUUUCAGCAGAAAUUCUCACGAUCGACCUAAUUCCUCGGACAACCGACGUGGCCGUCUCCAUCACCGAAGUACCUCAGAGAAUUCCUUAACUCCAAAUGAACAGGACCAGCCAUUGUCUUCAGAGAGAAGAACCAGUCCUGCUCGAAGAAUUCGUCCCAAAUCAAAGGAGCGAAAUCUUUCACACAGUCGAUCUCCCGACAUAGUAGAGAAUAGUCUGUUUGUACCGAGGCCCCCUAGUGCCUCUGAUACUGGUGGUAGGGCCGAGCAAACUCAGCAAGCCCAACUAUCUCCACUCCAACAUCCCUCAGCCCAUUUUCCACCACCACAACCUCUGCGGCCUGAACUACCACCAUCACAGAUUCAGCCGUCUGGCAGCAUGAACAGUGUACCGCCUACCCCUAUCCCAGAUAGUCCCUCCAGUCUUCCAUACGUCGUAGAUCACCGACUUCCGGCUGAGGUGGUGAUGGACCCCCCACUGACCUCACAUACAAAUGCAGAAUCUGUUUUGAAUGCUUAUUCAAAAUAUCAUGAAAUGACUCCUCGGAUACAGAAGGGUAAAUUCUCGGCGUGGUUGUGCCUGCCAGACGAGAUCUUACUACACAUCCUCUCCUACCUGACAAUGGAAGACUUGGCGCGGUGUGCACGUACCUGUACGGACUAUCACCGCGUAGCCAUGGACGAUUCGCUCUGGAAAUACAUCACGGUAAAGAAGAAGCACCACCUCACGGACGAUUCUCUGGGCCAGAUUGGUAAGAGACAUCCUGUUAGUCUGGCCUUCAUCCAGUGCCAUGGUGACAGCAUCACUACCCGAGGCCUCAGGGACCUGUUCAGGGAAUGUGGGGAUAGUCUCAAGGAGCUAAACCUAUGUGGGUGUAGUCGGGGAGCUCUGACAGGAGACUGUAUCCUCCUCCAUGCUUCGGCACGCUGUCGUGGUCUCACACAUAUAGAUGCCAGCUGGUGCAAUGUAACAGACAGUGGAAUUGGUGCUAUAUCCGGGACAUGUGACAGACUUGAAAGUUUGUGUAUAAAUGGGUGCCAAAAUGUCAAAGACGAGGGAUUGGAAACAGUCUUAAAAAAACAUGGAAAGAGUUUACGACAUUUGGAGAUGUUCGGAUGUUUUAACGUCACACCGAAGAGUAUUCGAUAUAUGGCAAACCACUGUCUGAACUUGAUGACCUUAAACUUAGGACAAUGUUAUAAGUUAACCGACUCCUGUAUUUCCCAGCUGUCUUCUAGUCUAAGUAGAGUGGAAAACCUUGACCUACGUGGAUGCAAACAGAUCAAAGACAACUGCAUAAGGUAUGUGGUGAAGAACUGUCCCCGAUUACAGACCAUCUCCCUCGCCAACUGUCCCAAUAUCACAGACGUCUCCAUGUUGGAAGUGUCCACUUACCUCACAGAUAUCAGAAAUAUAGAUGUGUGUGGGUGUAGAAAUAUCACCGACAACAGUAUCCGAGCUCUGGCCAACAACUGUCAAAAUCUCCGCAAUAUAGACAUCAGUUCCACAGGCUGUUCACAGCGCAGUGUAUCCAUGUUGGCUAACUUCUGUAACCAACGCCUCGAAACUGUCAAGUUAAACUUCCUGUCUGAUAUAACGGACUCUGUGAUCAUCAAACUGGCCAAACACUGUCGCAGAUUGAAGUUGUUACAUUUAUAUGGCUGCACCAGUGUCAGGAACAGUGACAAAAUCAGGGAAGUCAACCACGGUGUCAAGGUGGAAAUGUGAUAUGUCUGUAAUAUCAGUACCUGUUCUUACUACCUUAAGUUUAGUAUCAGGUGGAAAUAAAGGUGUUUUUAACAUUUAUAGGCCUAGAUAUCAGAAAAUCAAGGUGUAUAUGAUUGGAAGGUGUAAUGCAAACUAGCCCUUUCACCACUGUAGACCCUAAUUGACUCAUCAAUAUCAAUGCUGGGUAGAGUCUACUAAAGUUACGUAGGGGUGAAAAGGCUAAACAAUAUACACCUGUAAAUAUUAUACCUGGUACGUGUUUAUGUACCUGAAAACAAAACCUUGGUAAACUCCAGAUGUAUAGAUGUUCUUGAAAUAGGUAAUACACCCCAAAUACACAUAGAAGUAUGUAGCUGGUAACUCUAUAAUAUAAAAUCAUGUAUAAUAUUUAAUGGAUAGAAAGAUUUGUGAUAUGUCCUUGAUCUCAAUCUGAAGUUGUGUCAUAUGAUUACUGAGUGGAGGUCGUGUGUGAAGGUUGUGUGUGAAGGUCGUGUGUGAAGGUCAUGUGUGAUAGAUGUGUGUAAAUGUUGUGUGUAAAGGUUGUGUGUGAUAGUUGUGUAUGAAGGUUAUGUGUGAUCAGAGUCGUGUGAGAGGUUGUGUGCAGAGGUCAUGUAAUAUGUAUCUGGAAAACAGGGUCAAUAGCUGAUAUAGGUUUUUAUAGAUAUCAGGAUGUUUUUAAAGGAAGCUGUUAUUGUAUACAGAAUAUUUAGUGAUGUUAUCUAAGUUUAAUGGAAGUGUAGUAAUCUUUGGUAUAGGAAGCAGCUUGAUAUUGCUUCAUGGUAUUAUGUAUUAAUUCUGCUGAGACAAGGCUUGGUAGAAAUAUUUGUGAUAAAGCUUCCUCCAAUUCUCAGUAAUAUUGUUGAUGUAAGUGCUGUUUUCUGUAUAUCUAUGUGUUAUACAGGUCGUUUCAACAUGUUUUUGCAAGGAUUUUCCCUUGGGGCUAAUCCAAAGUUAAUAAAGAAGGAACGAGAGACAAACUUAUAAGAAAUUCCUAGGUGGUAGGGUGACUCAUAUCCUACCAACUGUUGUGUAUAUACAUUUUUGUAUCUCUCAGUUUUGUUUAUUUAGUCAGUGAUUGAAUCUAUAAAACAUUACCUCCGACUCGACCCAUUAUAGGAUUAAUUUUGGAAUAGCCCUUAGAAUUUUCUGUGGAGAAUUUAGAUUUGAAGCAAUUGUUUAUCAUGAAUAGUUCAAUAUGUGAUAUAUAUAUAAGAAGGACUUUUUCUGUAUUUUGACUUGAAUUUAAACAUGCUUAUUUCAUAUACAGCUGGAGGUGCGAUAAUUACACACGUUUUGACAAUAUGGGAAUGUUGUGUUGAUUCAAUUUGUCAUUGUCGGGCCAAGUAGGAAAUAUAUCUCUAGUUCUGUUACUAUGAAUAUUGAACAGUUUCCUGUAAACAUUAAAUAAAUAAGAGGUUUUUGGCUGUGAAUUUAUACAUAUUGUGUCAAAAUUGUAUUGAUAGUAUUCAACACACCAUAGAAGGGUAAGAAAAAUGCAUCAUAUGUUUCAAAAACAUAUUUCAAUACCUUUGAUUAGGAACAGAUUUGGAACAAGUUUUACACCUUAUAAUACCUUUUUGUACCUUUAUUUAUUUAUCAAUUUGCAAAACAAUCGUGUUAUUAAGCUGUAACCUCUUAGCUAGCAAUCAUGCUCAAGUUCUAGUCAUUAGCUAUUAGUUAUGAUUCCCAAGUCUCAUCACUUUAUAACAUUUGAUAGCGGAAAGAGAUUUUGUAUUUUUAUGCAAUAGACCUAUCUUAUUUCAUAGUUAACAUAGCAUAUGUUAAACCUAUCCUGUUAGGCUUAUGUUAUGAUGUAAGUCUCUCUUUUUUUAAGACUAAAUGAGAUAUGAUAAUAUCUAAUGCUUAUGACAUUGAGAAAUAUUGGUUUGUUAUCAAAGUUUAGGAUUUAUCAAUAGUUUGUAAGAUGUAUGUUAUACAAUUUAUAUACAACUUAUGUAUUUUUAAUUUAUCUCAAUAAUUUCCCUUUGAAAUUGUUUUGAAAUUGUGUCCUUCCUUUGAGAUACCUUGUACUAGACUUUUCUAUUCAUUUUAACUAUCCCGAACAUUAGCACCAUAUUUGAUUUACAUAUAAUACAGGAAACAUCUACAAAACCAAGUUUGUCUUAAAUAUGAAUUCCAUAUAUAACAUGAAAAUACGAAUAAAAUAAGUUUGUGGACUGCCGUCAUGUCACGGAAGCACUGCAUACAAGUUAAUUAGGACUAUGUUCUGUGAGCUCAGCACUUUUUCUGACAUCAAAUCACACCUCUAUCGUAACAUUUUUUUUAAAUAUUGUCACAUCACAAAAGGAUGACACUGAUUAUCGAAAAUAAGCCUGAGAAAAAUAGAUUGUUUUAAUCUAAAGAAAUGUUUGAUCUUUAGGCAAGAACGUCUCUACUGUUGUGAAAGGUUUGGAAUGGUUAUUUUCGGUGAUGGUGUUGUUCAAAUACCACUGCAGUGAAUAUGCUGGAUCAAACUCAUUCAUGUCCUCCUCAUUUGAUAUACCUUUGUAUAUCACAAAGUUUAUACAUUUUUGUUAAUCCUGAAUGAAAAGUUUAUUUUGCAAAUUCAAACUAUUGCAUAUUUUUUAAGAUUUAUGGAUCUUUAUAACGGCAAAAUUAUGUCAUCAAGAAUCUGAAAUUAUUUAUUUUAAGUGUAAUUAUUUGUAUUGACAAGAUGCAUAUAGAAUAUGAUGAUACAGUUUAUAAGUUUUAUUCUCUGAUACAAUAUGUAAAUUAACAUGUCCUUUCCUUGAAAUAAUACUGUUCAAAAAGUUCAUAAUAAAAACAAAUAAAGAUAACUGAUGAAGGUUUUGCUCAAUUUGUAUAAAUAGGUGUUCAAUGGCCAUUUGUAGUGUUCUAGAUGUUUUGUAUAAUCAGAAUUUCCUUUUGUUUACAUUUUUUUCUUUUGUACGAGUGCUUAGAGUAGAAAAUUUAUAAUACAGAAACAUUGUGUUACUAGCUAGGUGUUUUAUUAAAUCACUUUUGAUCUUUUAUAAACAGAGAGAUUAUUGCUGAAUAUCUUUGUACCUAUUCAUUUUCAGCCUGAAUUAAGCUUCCCUUGUUGAUGGCAUUUAUAGUUUAUGGAACUUGUUUAUUGUUUGUUACCCCAAACAUUUAAAUUUUUAUUGGUGGGUAACUACAUAACACAUUUCAUACUUAGUUCUGUCAGUACUGCUGCCACAUUGUAUCUAGUGUUGAUGGAUCUGAAAGUUAACACUGUUAAAUAACCCUUCUGUGAUGGUCCGUGCUCAAAGCUAUAAUCCUUUGUAAAAUUGUGUAUGUGAUAGAAUUGCAAGUCAUCGAAUGCAAAGUUGGUCUAUCAGUAUUAUUGUGAAUUGUUAUGUUUUGAUAACUAUAGAGUUUAUUUAUGAUGAGUGUUAUGUGAUAUAAAUAGAAAUAUUAGACUAGAUCCAAAUUUCAUUUGUAAUUUAGUAAUUUAUAUUCAUGUUUGUCUCUGUCUACUGUGGUACACCUUAUCUGUUUAAGUGUACAUUUAUACACCUAAUUAAGAUGGGAGUAUUCUGAUUUACCUCCCCUUAUUAAAAUACUGCCCACAGGGGUAAACUUAAGUACAAUUUUAAAAUUGGAGUAAAAGUAUCACAAUGUGCUAUAUAUAAUUAUCUCACUAUUUUGAUUUUAAUUCAAUUACCUUAUCUUACAUUAUUUUCAGAGUUAUAUUAAGAAAAUCACUGAUAAAGGCAUAUUCAGAAUGUUUGGCAAGGCAGAAAAUCAAAAAAAAAACAAUAUCAUUACAGGUACUUUCAGAAUGUUUGGCAAGGCAGAAAAUUAAAAAAAAACAUUAUCAUUACUGGUACUUUCAGAAUGUUUGGCAAGGCAGAAAAUUAAAAAAAAAACCAAUAGCAUUACUGGUACUUUUGGAAUGUUUGGAGCGGUGUACAAUUCAAAAUCAUAAAAAUGCCUAUAUUUUGUAAGUAGUCUGAAAUAAUGGACUAUCUCAAAAAAUUAUAAAAGGAUAUAGUCAGUUAUUUUGGUCUACCAGUAUAUGUUGCUAGAUAGAUAAAGCCGCUUUUUAAUCGAGUGGUGCUCCAUCCAAACCUAGGAUAGCAGGAGGUGACGGAGUUAUGCAAAAAAACAUACAUUGAUGUAUGUGUCAUCAAUACAUAAAAUGUUUUGUAGACAAGAUAAGUAAAACUAGGUUUAUGUUAUAGAUCUUAUAUUAUUCCUAGAACUUGUUGUCAAGAUUCAAAUUUUAAACACUAGAUGAGAAACAGUCUGUAUGUAUGCAUGAGUGUUAAAUGUAAGUUGAUUAUUUUAGAAAGGUUAUACUGUACCAUAAGUUGUAUUUAUCACUUCAAAACGUUCACAUAUAUGGAAAAUAUGAAUCCUGGAAUUUGAGUCAGAAAUUGUAAAUCCUGCUUCUCAUAUAUUAAAAUAUAAAUCUUAGAACAGGUGUCAGAAAAUAUCAAUCCUGGUGUACAUGUUGGAAAUUUUAAAUCCUGUUAUCUGGAUCAAAAUUACAAAUAUGAAAUAACAGUAUCAGGUUUUUUAAAUCCAUGUUUGUGCCUCACAAAGUAUAAAUCCUGGUAUAGGGGUCAGAAAUUUUAAAUACGAAAUUAUAAAUCAUAUCUGUCAAAAUUUACAAACCUGGCAUACAUGUCAGAAAUUUGUCCCCGGACAGAAUUUUCAAAGAGGGAUUCAAUAAUUAAAUAAAUUUAAAAUUAAAAAAAUAUAUAUACAAAUGUUAUUAUAUAAAAAUAACCUGCACAUGCAUGUUUAGGGAAUGUGUAAGAUGAAAUUAUGUGGUUUUUGUCUGUGAUUUUUAGGGUGAUGAAUUAUGUGAUAUUUUUCUGCGACUUUCAGUAAGAUAAGACUACCGUAAAAACCUGUUUAAUUUCUGCACCUAUGUAAUUUGCGUAGGGCUGAAAAUACUGAAAAAAGCUUCUACUCAUAUAUUUUGCGCAUCAAUUUUUUCCCUCAAAUACGAUGUCCUACUUGAUUAGUAUUAAAAAGGUGUUUUUUAAGAAAUCAGUUCAGUUUUGAUAUGAGCCGUAUUAAAGAUUUAAAAUAUUUCAAAUAAAAAAGUAUCCAGUUGUCCUUUUUUUCACUACAGUGAUUUUAUACCUCAUCUAUAGUACUCCCUUUUGUAUAUUAUUUUGUUAUAAUGAAAUUUGAAUGCUGUUAAUUGGUGAUAGAAUCUAGUGGUGAUAUUUUGUAGACGGCUGUGUUGGUGUACACUGAUCAUGUUUGUUAUCUGUUGUAUUUGUAAACCUUGACCUUUCACUGUGUAGUCGGUACUGACAGUGUGUUACUAAAAUUACAAACAUGCAAUGAUGUAUUAAGGAGAGUAUUAUUUUUACUGAACCAUUGAAGCAAUUGUUUAUUUUGUGAUUUUUUUUCGAGCCACUAUCCAUUUCUGUAUUACACAAUGAAAUGUCAUUUGUCAAUGUGGUUUUUAGUGGGUGUGACCGCUGAAUGUACAAUGCAAGUAACAUAACCCAUGACAUGUGAGAAUUCUGAGGCAACUUCUAUGUCAGUGACCAGUGGUCAGAUUCAACGUUUGUAUCAGUGACUAGUGGUCAGAUUUAACAUUUGUGUCCGUGACCUGUGCCAGUGGUCUAAUUCAACAUUUGUUUUAGUAACCAGUGGCCAUGGUCUUAUUUAACAACUGUGUCAGUGGCCAGUGGUUUUAUGACAACAUAUGUGUCUAAGCAAAAUCUAUCCACUUGACCAGUGGUUUUAGACAGCGUUUGUGUCACUGACCACUGGCCUGAGGUGAGAUGUGUGAGAGGCUAGUGAUUGAAGCCAUAUCAGCAUCAAUAUACACUGGUCUACGACAACUAAUUAAGUUGUGUCACUAACCACUGGCCUGAGGUGAUAGGUGUCCGAGACCAGUGUACUGAAGCCAUAUCAGUAUCAAUAUACAUGAGCACUGGUCAAUAACAUGUAAACCUGACCAAUGGCUCGAUUCAAUUUGGUUUUGUCAGUACCAACUGGUCUAAAAUUGUAUUCACACUGGUCAGAGACAACAUCUUUGUCAUUGACCAGAAGUCUGAUCCAACAUUUGUGCCAAUGGCCACUCUGUUUGAGGGCUGGACCCAUGAUUAUUGCUUGUAUUAUUUCAUGUGUAGAUCUAUUACAUCAUACUUCUCUUCCAACUUGGUUUCUACAAUACAGAAUUUU